GCUCUCAACGCCGUUCCCAGAUGUGCCACAGCGGCUGCAGAUCCCAGCACGCUGCUUCUCUGGUUCGUUGUAUAAAUAGCUGUGUGGGCGCUUAUCAGUCUCUGCUUCUUCUGCUUCUCCAUCUCUGCUUAAGCAUCUCUGCCAUUUCUCUGCUAUCACGUAUCUUGUUCUUACACUCACACUUACAUUCAUAACUACUCUCAUAACUGCUCUCAUAACUACUCUCAUCGUUCACAAUGUCUGGAGGAAAAGGUAAAUCGGGCGGUAAAUCUGGCGGCAAAGUUGGCAGCUCAGGAAAGACAACCACCACAAGAUCAGCCAAAGCUGGCUUGACCUUCCCAGUUGGAAGAGUUCACAGGUUGCUCAGAAAGGGCAACUACGCUCAAAGAGUUGGUAGUGGUGCCCCAGUCUACUUGACUGCUGUUUUGGAAUAUUUAGCUGCUGAAAUUUUAGAGUUGGCUGGUAACGCUGCCAGAGACAACAAGAAAACAAGAAUCAUCCCAAGACACUUGCAAUUGGCCAUCAGAAACGACGAAGAAUUGAAUAAGUUGUUGGGUAAUGUCACAAUCGCCGAGGGUGGUGUCUUGCCAAAUAUCCAUCACACUUUAUUACCAAAAAAGACUUCAAAACCAAAGGCUUCUCAAGAAUUAUAAAUUUAGGGAUUCUUUACAGAACCUUAUUCUACUAUCAUUAAUUUGUCUUGAUUUUUUUUGUAUUUUAAUGUCAUUUUUGUAUGUUUCUAUUUUUCUAUUAUUUUUAUACUUGGGUUAAUAUUCUGUAUAAUAAAUUUAUAUGUUAUGUUUAUCUAUAUUUGAUAAAUUUUAUAAUUUAAUAACUGUC